GUAAAGUUUGUUUUCCCGCCAAAAUUAUUGACUUCCUCUUUUCAAUGGAUUUCGAUUCUCCCAAGAAACAUAGUUCCUUCCUUUCCAUUCUCCUUCUCGAUUGCAUGUAGUCAAUCUCAAAUUGAACCCAUGAUUUCUUCUGGUACUGACAAGUGAGGAUUUGCUAGAGUCGAUGACGAUGUCUGGAAGACGGAAAUAGCUGGGGUUGAACGAAUUGCUCUAACUUUAAGUCCGUCGAUCUAUUGCUCCAUCUGGUAGGUACGACUGAGUUGGUAAGAAGUCGCUCUUUCGUCUCCUUUUUUCGUCCCCUAAAUCUGGGUUAUUAACCUCGUUUUUCUUAUUUCCAUUUGUUUUUUUUUUUUGCAUGAAAAUGAAAUUCUUGGCGAGAGGACGAGUCCUUCUCCUUUCUGUGAAAGUUACUUAGGAAAUCUGGUCUGAUUGGGGAUUUAGUGAGAAAAAGGAUUGCGAAAGAGCUCAGUCUCGCAACCCAAGGACAACAAGGGCAAAGAUGAUGGCUUGAUUCCUGAACAGCGCUGCGAUAGGUGUUUAAUCCUCCUUUCCCUUUUUCUUCCAAUUCCCUUUUUGAGCUAGCUCGUGAUUCUGAAUUUUGGGUUCUGCUUUUUGUGUGCAGGGUCGCCAAGGUUCUGCAGAAGAAGUUGGACAAGAAAGCUGCGCAGGCCGAGUAGGAGAAUCUUCCGAAGGUAAAGGGAACGCUAAGAAAUAAUGACAGGGGCUUUGAUUCGAAAGCAUGGGUAACUUGUGCUUAAGAAACACCUGUCUUUCUAAAUGUGUUUAGUAAUUGCUCCAUUCCGAGAUAAGAGGUCCAUGUUAGUGCAAGGAACCAUCUUUUGUUGUUUUGUUCCUGGAAUUGUGAGGGCUCUGUAUUUCUAGUUUUUCACCAAUGAACCAUCUUUCUUAUUGUAGUUCUGUUGACGUAUUCCAGGGAGGUGAUUGUUCACACACAAGAGCUCUUGGAAUCUACUUGUUAACUGUAAAAAAAAAAAAAAUCAGACUCGAUUAAAGAUCGGUUUGGAUUCUAAAAUGCCUAGCAGGUAUGUGCUUUCUGCACAAGUUAUGAUCUGUUGUCAUGGAUUGAUGAUUUGUUUGUGUCAGGGCUGAGUUUUCCUCUACCUCUUUAGGUUUCCUCCUGUGUUCUUUUAUACUCCGAGGAAGAUUGGUGGACUUGGCAUAAGUGAAGGACUUCUACCUGAUGGCUUCUAGUAGUGUGUCUCCUGGGUAUAGUUUUCUGGAUUCUGACUAAUAAUAUGACUGGGCUAAUGCAGGGUGUGGUCGUAUUGGAAGAUUGUUUGUGCGCAUUGCGCCGAUCUGGAAGUGGUGGAGUCAAUGAUACUUUCAUUGAUGCUAAGUACAUGGUAAGAAUUGGCUUAGUAACUAAUUACAUUUCUUUUCUCUACACUCAAAAUGAAAAGUCUGUUCGGUUAUAGCUAAGUUGUUUUCUGAAGUGUUAUUCAACAUAUUUCAUUUAAAAAUUGAGGAUAUACUGGCCUGAAUAUAGUUGUUCCUGCAUUGAAAUUGUUAAAGCAAGCAUAAAUUUGGGUAAGAUCUCGAUAAGCUUCAACAGAUCAACCAUGAACUUCAAGUAUGAAACUUUAGAAAAGGCCACUGAUUACUUCAGCGUAUCAAAGAAGCUAGGCCAAGGAGGAGCUAGCACAGAGUAUGUUCCCCACAAGAGCCUCGACUAGUUCCUAUUCGGUAAGAAAGAAACAAUGAGAACUCUCUAACCCAAGAUUUCAGAAAUGCUGAUUUGGAUCUCCGUUUCAUUGUAGAGAAGACUAGCAAGAUGGUGACUUUGACUUGUUGGUGAUUGGAAAGUGACUUGACCAUCAGAGGAAGCACCACAAAUGGAGCAGACAACUUCAUAUAUUUGUUGAUGAAGUUGUUAUACUUGGCUGCCACUUCUGAACUGACUUGACCGACAUCUUAUUACAGUAUGCUCUUGAAACUAGAAGCAAGCCAGUGAGGCAUUAGCUAGCCAGGUCUGAUUUACACACAAAAAAAACCCUGGAAUGUCUGUGAAUAGCGAGCAGUUCAUGUCCCUCAAUCUAUGUUCGUCCAACAAAGAUAUGACUGUCAUAGCAAAAAUAGAGAGUAUUGAUUCAUCGAAGAACUUGGAAGAGAUCAUUCAAGCAUCACAUGGAGCUAUGGUAGCAAGAGGAGAUAUGAGUGCUCAGAUACCAUUGGAACAUAUACCAGCCACGCAGCAAAAGAUUGUCGAGGUGUGCAGGCAACUGAAUAAGCCAGUCAUUGUUGCAUCUCAACUGCUCGAAUCUAUGAUCAAGUAUCCUACACCAACAAGAGCGGAGGUCGCUGAUGUCUGUGAAGCAGUUAGGCAAAGGUGGAGAUGCAUUGGCUGCUCUUACGAGUGUGAGCGUGAGAAUUGAGUAGUGGUGGAGAGAUGGGAAACACCAUGAAGUUAUGGAACUUCAAGCUCUUGGUUCAUCAUUUUCUGACCUGUUUUCAGAAGAGAUUUGCACCUCUGCUGCCAAGAUGGGUAAGUCGCCAUUUUAUCAUGAAAUUUCCAUGUUAUUUCACUAGUACCUUGAUGAUACAGCAUUCUAAUUCUUUCACCAUUCUAAUUCAAGACUAGGCGCAUCUUCAACCUUGUCAAAGAACAACAACUCUUCUCUCUUCACCUUCUCUUCCAGGUUAACACAGGCUUUGCUCGCAUUUUACUAUAGUAUAUGCAUGCUUGAUAAACCCAUUAUGGAUUUGGCCAAAGAGAAGUCUCUCUGGAAUUUCUGAGCCACGGGUCUGGGAACCAAAAUGAGAUGAGAAUUCUUUAUGAAACCCAACUCUGACUUUGUUCAUGGGCACGUCUGUAGGAGUCAGAUGCACGUCUUGUCAUGCGAAAAGAGAUCUGUGUAGUUGGAUGAACUUUAUAGUAAACUUACAUAAUUACUGCUAGUGGGAUUUUCUCCAUCAAUUCCUUCAAUCUCUCCAGCAACUUUUAUCACAUUGUUUAGGAAGAUUGACUUUGCUGUUUUUCUCACAUUUGCAGUAGGAAAAAGAACAAAGUAGUGAAGUGACGAGAAAAUCUGAGGACAUGAAGGCAGCGCUCUAGCAAGUGUGACGAACGAGAAAAAUGGUUGUAAUAAAUUGCGGUUAAUUAA